AUGCCCAUCUGUGAUGACGUUGAUGUGUCUUGUCUGGCAGAUAUGACGGUCGGAUACGUUGGAGCUGACCUCUAUGCACUCUGCAGAGAGGCUGCUAUGCUUGCUGUGCUACACUACCAUCAGGUAAAACCAAUGUGAAAGCUCUUAUAUUUCAUAAAUCACAUCCCCAGAGUUGGGUUUCUCAACAUUAUGUACAAACAUCACACAUAUUGAAAGAAUGCAUGUAGCUUAAUUACAUUCUAGCACCCAGAGAUCUAAAGAUUAGGAAGUAAUCUAGGAGAGACUACACCACAAAUACAUCAGUUUUUUAGAUUGUCAGGCCAUUGAAGUGGUUCUCCUGGGCACUUAUAGCCCACUUCCUUUCACAACGCCAGAUAAUAGAGAAAUUGCACUUUUCACAAAAUGUGAUGGAUGACAGUAAUCGGUUUAGAGUGCUUGGUUAACCUCCCCAUUAUUGUGCUGGAUAUUCUGGAUCAGCAGUGUGUCUGUCCUAAUUUUUACCGCUUUUGGCCCUUUAGCCUUGUGUUCAUUCUACAAUUUCCCCUUUCUCUAUAAGUGUGUGUUUAUAUGUGUAAUAUAUACACACAUACACACUCAACACUCUGGAGUCUUUCUGCAAUAAAUUUCAUCUGGUGCUCUCUCACUGGUAUCGUGAUACAAUUUGUUGGAGACAGGGAGCAUCGAAAAGCUGGGGACCUGGGAGAGAUGUGUGUGUGUAUAUACACACAUAUAUAUAUUUUCUAAAAGGAGAAAUAGUGGUUUCUUUCGACACCUUAUAUGUAGACAUAACGCUAAUAUUAAAUGGGAAUGAAAUAUUUAAAAACUAUUUUAAACUAUUUUUCUCAGUUUUACAUUUAAUCGCUUGUACACACCAAGUGCAAAUAAAGAAAAACAAACUCAAACUAGAUUCACUAAUUAAUCCUAAUUGUUAAAAUGCCCAAUGUGUCUAUAAUUUCAUACAUUUUAAGACAUUCUGAAAGGAGUAAACGGUUUCAAAGCUAAAACUUUGUAAAAUCUAUGCUGAUAUUACAACUUUGCAAUAAUAGAAUCCAAAACCGGUAAUGUACAAAGUGUGUGUGUGUGUGUAUAUAUAUAUAUAUAUAUAUAUAUAUAUAUAUAUAUAUAUUCUCCAAGCUGUUUAACCAAGAGCAUUUUCAUCUAACCAUUUUAUCACAAACCUAGGUCAAAUUUGUUGUUCAUAUUUUCAGUAGUUUUUUCCGCCAUGUAGUAUUUUGUAUAAAUUCACAGACCACACUUGUUCCACUACUGCAAACACUCAAUGUUUGUAUCCUGCUACUGUUCUCAAGUACAGUGAUACCCUUACAUGUGUAUACUUUUACCCAAAUCCUGAUCCUAACCCUAUAUUAGAGACGCAUCAGAUACCACACUCACCAAGCAACCCAGGUGCUCUGAAACCAGGGCUGGCCAGGCCUCCUUCAAGAAAUGCAAAAUGUUAAACGGGUUCAGGCAGGAUAACAAAAAUAGUAGCUUUAUUGGGGCAAAAACAGCAACGCUUCAAGCUUGAUAAAGACCGGUAGGGUCAAAUGUUGCUGUUUUGCUCCAAUAAAGCUACUAUUUUUUUUUGUUAUCCCGGAGUGCCUGAACCGCUUUAUUUUACCUAAUCCUAAUAUUAUCCCCCAUUCAACCUAUAAUCCUACCCAUAAUCUAACACCUUUUCCUACCUAUAACCCUAGUCCUAAUAUCACCCUCUAACCCAUUCCAUGUGUCAACCUCCUAGCUUCCACAGUAAAGAGGGAAACUCACUUUGUUUAUGCAUGUGCCUUUACAUCCUUACUGAAACACCAACAUCUAAUGUUUAUACUUCAUUUAUUGCAAAUUGUGUUUAAUUUAGAAUGUCUUCUCUCCGCACAGUUAAUAGCUUGUUGGUUGCAGCAGGAGCCUCCUGUAUGUGCAGUGCAGAUGAUUAAAAACUUCUAAAGUAAGUUAGCAUCUGAUUGGAAAUGAAACCAUUUUUUUUUUUCCAUGCAGGCUACAUCAGUAACGGCUAGGGAAGGUCUGCGUACCAAAAACAGAAGUGAUUUAACUCCUAAAUGAGAUGAAUUGAGCAGUGAGACUUCAGAGGCAUGAUCUGUACACCCAUACUGCUUCAUUAAGAUAGUUUUUUAGGUGACCAUAGUGUCCCUUUAAAGGGCUAUGUGCAACCCUCUCUUGAGUGCUGCCUAUAACUCUGGGGCCACUAAUUGUGGCUCAAGCUGACAGGGGACCCACAGUCUGGGACGACAGUCAUGUAGGCAAACAAGGUAUUUGCUUUGGGCGGCAUUUCCCAGGGUAGCAAAAACGCUGCCCUCAAAUGCCAAAUGCCUUGUUAGCCUGGGCGCACAGUCCAAGCAGAAAAGCGGUUGUCCAGCUAAAAAAAUGACGCUAGAGUUCCUCGCUCCGCAUCAUUCUGUGGCGCAAGGUAGCUGAGCAGAGCUCAAUCACCCGUGUGCUCCCUAGCUCCACCCCCAGAUUUUUAUCGACAACCGCCUCCCUUCCGUGAAAGUCCACUAGGAAAGAAAAUCCACUCAGCACCCCCAAAAGGUAGGGAGGCUGGGUGGAUUUAAACUAGAAAAAAUAAAAGUAAUCUGUUAAUGUUUGGGGAGGGAGGGUAGCUCUCAGUGUAUGUAUGUCUGAGUGAUUGUGUAUGUGAGUGAUUGUGUGUAUGUCUGUCAGUGUGUGUGUGUGUGUGUGUCUGGCUGUCAGUGUGUGUAUGUAUGGCUGUCAGUGUGUAUGUGAGGGAUUGUGUAUGUAUGGCUGUCAGUGUGUGUGUGUGUGUAUGUAUGGCUGUCAGUGUGUAUGUGAGGGAUUGUGUGUGUGUAUAUAUAUGCCGUAGUUUGUCAGUGUAUAUGAAAGUGUGCAUCUGUCAGUGAGUGAGCCCUGUCAAAGUGCGGCCUUGACAGGAAGGGGUGGGGGAAAACUUAAAUUGGGGUGGGGGUGCCCAAGCACCGUCCUGUCUAGGGCAGCCCAAAUCCUAAAUACACCACUGCCUACAGGCAUAUGUGAUGCUUUGGGUGAUAGAAACACUGCAGCUGAGCAAGCUGGUACAGCAGAUACUUUAACUGCGGGACUGACUAUGCCGCCACUCGGCCAUUAAAGUCCUACACAGAUGAUUAAUUAUCGAUAGGUAACCUUUACACUCUAGAUGGUUUUGGACUACAUUUCCCAUAAUGCUCUUACAGCCAUAAUGCUGACAAAGCAUCAUGGGAGGAUGUAGUCCACAACAUCUGGGGUGCCGAAAGUUGCCUAUCCCGAUAGACCGUCGUGGUUAAAAUAUGACAUAACAUUUUAUCUAUAAAUAUGCUAGCAUUUUGGCUAUCACAAACAAUAGAUUCAUUUUUAUUGUCCAUAAUGUGCAACCAUGUAUUUUUUGGAUUACUGUAAUAAAUUUAUUGGAGUACUCAUUUGUGCUCGCCUUAUGUGUUUUAGGAUUGUGAAAACGACAGGAUCAGCAAAGUACAUUUUUAUGAAGCAUUUAAAAAAAUCCGUCCUUCUUCCGCUCGGAGUUCUAUUGGGCAGGUGGAAUUUAAACCAGUUUACUGGGAAGAAAUUGGUGGACUUGAUGACCUCAAAGUAUUGUUGAAACAGGUGGAAGAUUUUACUUGUUUAUAAAACAGCAACAUAUUUUACAGCACUGUGUCAAAAGUCAAAUUAGUUAAAAAAAAAAAAAAAAAAAAUAUGUCUUACAAUAAUUUUUUUUAACUGGGAUCCUUUUCAUGAAAAAAAAAAAAAUUGUAUAACCUAUAAAUUAGCUAAAUUAAUAUAUUCUUUUUCUGUGAAAUUUAUGUUUCAAAUUUUUAGUAAUGAGAAUGUAAUUCUGAGACGUUCCUUUCAUUAUAGGGCCUCCUUUGAUGUCCGGAGGUAGGGUUAUAUCAGUGCCAAUCGUUGCAAAUCACUGCUGUUAUGCGCCACUUUGGCUGGGAAGGCAGUGUACUAUACUUACUAUUAACUUGCAGUGAUGUAAAGUUGUUAUGGUGCAUAACUGCAAAGGAAAUUGUGCAUAGAGCACCCUCCACUCCGUGAGCUUAGAGUGAUUUUUAGAACACAAAACAUGCUUCAGUUUAAAGUCUGGUGGUGUCUUCAUGCUACUCACACAAUCUUUUCUGAAAACUUACUCUCUCUGAUAAGGAGAAAGAACAGAGCCUCAGACCAUUCAUAGGUGGACUACAGCUGCAAGACCUAACAAAUAUUGUAUUAAGUAAAAUAACACUUCUAUUUAUUUUCUUUAUAUUUAUUUAUUUUUGCAUUCUUUAAAUUCAUUGAAAUGCAUUUUAAAAAAUAUUGGUCAUUUUUACUCCAUAGUUAUUCUGUAAUAAAAAGUACAUGAGUUUCUAGGUACUACUGCAUAAACCCAUAACAGUAGUGUUUGUGGAUGCAUCUUAUGGCUGAUAUUUACCUAAAAAUCUGGUCGGAAAUAUUUCUACAUGCUCCAAUAUAGCUUAUAUUAAUUUGGAUAAAUAAUCAUUUGAUUUUGUGUAUACUGAACUAUUAACAAAUCCUCAAUUACAUUUAAUGAAAUAUGUAUUAAUGUAAUUUCUUAAGGGACACUAUAGGUAGCCAGACCUCUUCAGCUCAUUGAAGUUGUCUACGUGCACUGUCCCUGUCCCAUUUAGUCUUGCAAUGUAAACAUUGCAGCCUCUUGUGGCUGUCUGUAGAGGCACUUCCAGGAGUUCCAAAGCCGGGUCGUCUAACUGACUCUGGAAAUCCUGAAAACCUAUAGGGAUGACCUAAUGUGCUCGCCACACAUGGGCGUUAGAUCCCGUCACAUAAUGAUGGAGGAGACUAAGUGCCAACCCAGCACAGAUGAACAUCAGCGCUGGAAUCCGUUGAGUAACUAAAGUUGUUUUUUUAACCCUUUAUGUACUGCAGGGGGGAAAGUGGGGACGGACCAGAGGGCAGUACAGUACAGUGUUAGGAAUACAAACUUGUAUUCCUAACACUAUAGAAUCCCUUUAAAUCCUGAAUUAUUAUCAUCCUUCUACCGUUUCCUCCAAUUUUUUCCUUAUUUUGUUUAGGAGAAUCUCUGCCUGUUAAUGGUAUGUUUUGUGUUUUCAGAGCAUUGAAUGGCCUUUGAAAUACCCUGAUGCGUUUAUCCGAAUGGGGCUAACAUUGCCUAAAGGAGUGCUACUUUAUGGACCACCAGGAUGUGCCAAAACCACGCUGGUGAAAGCUGUGGCCACUAGCUGUCAUUGCUCUUUCCUUUCCGUCAGCGGUGCUGAUCUUUUCUCGCCAUACGUUGGAGACUCGGAAAAGAUUUUAGCGCAGGUGAAUUUAUCUUUACCAACAGUGUUAUUCAGCAAAGUGAGAAGUGUCCGGAAUUCAAUGUUAUGUUCAUAAUGAUUGAACUGGAAAAUUGCUCAAAGUUAGCUAUUUUUGCAGUUUGGCUAUUUUGGCCUUAAAGAGACAAUGUAACUUUAGGAAUACAAACCUAUCCUGGUGCUUGAUUCGUUUUGACCCCCUCCAUUUGGUGUAAAAACCUUGAAAGGGUUUUAAUUUACCUUUAUUUCUGCGCCAAGGCUCCCUUUGCAAUUGCUACCCGUGCCUUCUCCCACAAAGUCAUCCGAAUAUCUCUGCGAUGACCAAUUCAAUGCUCAAAAAUUCUAUAGCUUACAUCUGAGCAUAUUUUAGCUUUAGUUAAACUUCUCCAGUAUAUGUAUGAAUCCAUCUAACUUUGGAUGUCACUGUAGGCUGAGAGCAUUCGGGCAGCUAAGUCAGCAUUCUCAGCACAUCAUAGGCAGCCAGGAUUGGUGGGAUUCCUAUGGAUAGUGUAGAACGGCAAUGUCUGAUUAUCUGCGUGACUGCAGAGAGCCCUACUGAAAUGGAGUGACGGGAAACCAGAAGACUGAAUACCAAUAUAAUCAUAGCACCAUAACCACUCAAGUGGGGUGCAGUGCGUAUAGUGCUUUAAGCAGAGCUUGAGAAAUUCGCCUAUUUUUUUUUUUUUUUAAAUGUAUUAGUUGACUCUGAAGGGAUAGAUACUCUUAUAAAAUUGUAUUAUAACUUGGGCAACAUGGCUGAUAUUCUUAUAAUAAAUAUGGCUUGGCUCCUACGUUUACCAGGCACUGGCUUAAUGUCCUUAGUAGCCUUUACUACUCUGGUUUAGGCAUGACAUUAGCCAUAUUUGUCAGUCGACAUCUUGCCCAUGUACAAUUAUUACAUAUUACAAUCUGCCAUCCAAACACCAACACUUACUAAUAAGGUGGAGAGAAGAAACUGCACCUUGUGCCACAGCCACCAAGAGCUAAUAUCUUGUUGAGUGGAUGAGAAGUUUUGUCCUAGAUAAUCGUAAUUAACCACUCUUACUUGGAAGGGAAGGUAAUAUGCUGUCCCUCACAGUAUGAUUUUUUGGUUUCUGCUUAGAUUUAGUCCAUAUAGAUAUGUUUAUGAAUUCCAAGUGUGCAAACUUUAAGAUCCACAGUAAUAACAACACAUAAUACCUGGAUAUGAUGAGAAAGAAUGCUAGAGUAUUAGUCACCUAGAAAUGCUGCUUUCUUGCUAUUUUUGGUUAUGUAUUGUCUGAGACAAAAUUGUUCAAUGUUAUAAUAUUGAAUAUAUAUAUUAUUGUUUUGACAAAAUCACCAGCAGUUGUAUAGAUUAAAAGAUAUUGUAUGCUUAAAAAAACCCAACAACUUUCACUUCUAGAGAAGUAGCGGUUCGUCAGCCCUUAACCCUAGUAAACACUACUAUAGCCUUCCUCUUUGUGGGAAACUUUGCAGCCUUUUUUAAAAAAACUUUUAUUUUGGAACUCACUACAUGUAAUUAGACUGUCAGUUCUGUGCCAGGCAUUGUGGCAGAGAAAACCUGUGAACAUUCUUAUUGCUAUUAGAAAGGAAAGCUCAAGAUUUUUUAAAUAGUCCCGACAUAACAGUCACAACAGUAGCUUUAAAAUUGGGCACACAUAUAGAAAUUACAUUUUAGGUAGCUGCUGAUACAUUUCUGGACAUAUCAUAUACAAAGUGUAUACAUAGUCAAUAGUCCAUGGCUAAUAAGAAUCUUAUUUAAUGCAAAAAUAUAUAUAUUUUAUUACACUUUAAUUGCAGGGCUUUUUGAUGUCUGCUAUUUUCCUCCAAAUUCUAAUGACUCUCUGUAUAUACAGGUGUUUAGGAACGCAAGAGCUAGCACUCCAGCCAUUGUAUUCCUUGAUGAGAUUGAUGCCAUUGUGGGGUCACGUUCGUCCAGCGGUUCUGGCUCCGGUGUCCAGGAAAGAAUUUUGUCUGUUCUGCUUAAUGAGUUGGACGGUAUUGGAUUAAAGACCACUGAACGAAGGGGCACUAAAGUACUGCUCGAAGGCACUGGAAACUGCCAGGAUGAUAAGGUAAUGUUGAUAAUCCCUGUCCAUUACUUAUAGGAGAGAGGAAAACUUUCCUGGAUGUUAUUAAAUAUAAGAAGAAAAAAAAAAAAAAAAAAACUCAACUACAAGAUAUCUGAUAUUCUAAGACCUGUAUACACUAGGACGUGUUAAUUUUUAUGUUUGUGUCUGUGGGAUAACUUUGCAUACUUUAUUUUACAGUCUAAUUUAAAGGGUAAUUUAAAAAAAAAAUAAAAAAAUUUUUUUUGAUUGCCCUUUUAAGCAUUACAUACUUGGUCCUCCCCAUUAUGUUUCUCAAAAAAAAAAUUUAUAAAUUUAUCUUGAAUUCCCUUGCUGCCUUCAAUGCUCUGACAUCAUUGCUUCAAUCAAAUGCUGGACCGAUUUUCAGGCUGGGAGUGAGAGUGAGGUGGACAGAGGGACAGGAUCCAUGACAGAGGGGAAACAAACCAAAAAUCUGAAUGUGGGAGGGGUGGAGUGCACGAGGGAGGGGACAUACAACCUUCCCUUUGCAGGCCCCUUCCCAGUGCUGCAUGCAGGGGUAGAACCUUAUUAUGUGUCGCCUGUGCACUGACAUCAGAUCCCCGUGUGCACGUUUAAAAAAAGAAAAGAAAAACACUACCCUUUUCUCCAGUGCUGCCAUCUACUCCUCCUCGCAUGAUCAAUGUAGUAUGAGCAUGCACACAGGGACUGGGGCUCUGUCUGCCUCCAUGUCCAAAGCACUUCCAUUCCACAUCCCCAGAGCACCGUCCAAUAGAGGGGUACAGCAAAUCCAAAUCUCAAUAACAAAAAAAAAAAAAGCGGAGAGCUGGUGUGGGGAGGGGGGUUGCCAUCUUAUACUGCUCCGAUACCUCAGCUCAGGAAAACCUGACUUACUGCAAGAUACACGCGGUAUCCAGCUGCACAACUACCAGGCUACGCUGAUACCUUGAAUGCAUACCGCUCUUAAACGCUCCCUACGCUGUUGUAUUUCUAUCCUGACAAAUGACGACACUCUCCACUACUCACCACAUACAGUGGGACAUAUAGUUAACCAGAACCAACUUCACUACUCAGAUUACCCCCACCCCAAUCGGGGAGAGUAGCACCCUAUUUCGAAAUACUUCCUACCCUCGUACAUAGGUCAAAAUACAAUCUGCCUUGAAUGACUCUCAUGGGUUCUGUGACCUUUAAGGGCAGUGCAAUUAAAAGGCCACGCUUUUUAUUCAUUUUUUGGGGGGUCCGAGGUAAGGUAUAACCAGAUAAUAUGAACAACGUUUUGGCCUUGCCUAAAGGAUGAAGGACCAAUCCAAUGCACCUUAUGGAGGCACGUUGGGGACCGUAGGCCAUGCGCGGUACUUGUCGCACUCCGCCAUUGAACCUGUCAUAGAGAAUCGUUGAAAUUCUCUAUGGCAAUGAUUCUCUGUGGCAAGCUGUGAUAGCACUGCACAUGUACACAUCAUGUCAUGGUGUGCCUGGGUAUAAGAGCCAGUAACAAUCAUGGCUCUCAUAUCCAGGGGGCUCAGAUGUGAAGCUUGAAGCUGUGCUUCCAAGGCUUCAAAUAAUUAAAAUAUAAUGUUUUGUGAGCACUUAGUAGUUGGGAUCUACUGUGGCACUAGAACAACUUCAAUUAAAUGAAUUUGUUUUAGUGAGUCCUGCAUUUGUAUGUUGUACAAACACUGUUAAAAAAUGCAUAUGGUUGCAUAUGAUUAAUAAAGAAAAACAUAUUAAAAGUAGUGGUUUUGGUAUACAGAUUAUCCCUCUAAGUGAAUAAAAAAAAAAAAAAGUUAUAGAAUAAUGACUGUUGAUCUAUAUUUACAGAAACUAUGCUCUGUGUUUGCUACAUUGCCUAACAGCAAAACAAUUCUAAAGAAAUUUAGUUUUGUUACAGUUUAACACUUAAGGUAAGAAGGUAUUUUGUGGAAUCUAGGCACCAUAAGCACUUGAUUGACAUGAAAUGGUUUUGGUUCCUGGAGUCUCUCUUUAACUUAGCCUCUGAUUCUAUUAGUUUGUAGUCCUAGCAUUUUUGUUUAGCACAUAAUCCUAGCUAAGCCUUGCUCUAUGGAAGAACACUGCUUAUAUGACCAGAAAACAUACAUGUGACCGAACUCCUGUACUAUGACUUAGAAUAUCCACCUGGUUUGCUUCCUUGCUGCCACAGGGGAUUCUGGAGCGCUUCGCAGAAGCUUGAUAUUGGUCUCUGGAACUUUUCCACCCGACCAGGCUGCAGCUCCCUUCCAGGCAGGUAACCGUCCCCUCUGUCUAUUCCACUGCAUCCCUUCAUCCAGGCAGGUAUCCACCUCUUCCUGCACUGUGAUUGUUCUUGUCUUUAUAAAGACACAUGCGGCUCUCAGGCCUAGCUCUCUUUUUGCUCCUGGGCUAGAGGGAUCGUGCAGCCAGCCAACAGGUCCGAAGACUCUGUUACUGGGAUCCUUAAAAAUCUACACAGGACACAGUUUCAAAAGCAGCUUGCAUACAAAACUUUAUUUUUUAGUUGGGACUAGCCCAUAUGCUUAUUACACUUAGAUUGGCAAAUUCAAUAAAAUACAAAUAACCAAAUUAUAUCAGACAACAUACAGCAACUUAUAAUAACACAAUUACAUAUUUAUAAAAGGGUGGGGAAGACAAUAAUUAACACAAAAUAUCUCUCUUGCCUGCAGAAUUAGCAAUAUGCAAAACUUCCUGAAUAUGCAAAUUAAAGGGACACUAUAGUCACCAGUGCAACUACAUGUAUUCCUGACCCUAUAGUGUUAACACCACCAUUUAGCCCGCCUAGGCCCCUCAUGCCUCCAUAAAUAUAGUAAAAAUCUUACUGUAUUCAAGCCUGAAGCUGUAACUCUGCAUGCUGUUUGCCUAAAAAAAAAAAAAACAACAGAAUGCUGACAUCAUCAGAAGUGGUAGCCUGAUCCAAUCACAAUGCUUUCCCAUAGGAUUGGCUGAGACUGACAAAGGGGCAGAGCCAGCAUGAUUCAAACACAGCCCUGGCCAAUCAGCAUUUCCUCAUAGAGAUGAAUUGAAUCAAUGAAUCUCUAUAAGGAAAGUUCACUGUCUGCAUACAAUGCCCGUGCACAGCAGAUCUGAGUGGAUGGAGGCAUAUUAUGCUUCCAUCAACUCCAAAGUCUCUCUGGUUCACUGAGUGACUGCAACUGGAGGUGUUCCUAGCUUUCAAUGUAAACACUGUAUGCAAGUGUCUGUAUGAAACCCCAGGAGGUGAUGACUAAUCCGAAUACAAUCAAAAGCUAGGGAGCGUUUGCAAAUCCAAUCAUCCUGUCAAAGUGCUGGAUAUCUCAGAAACACUAUUGGACUUGUUGCUACUUAUUACUGGCUAGCUGCGACUCUCAAGUGCCUGUCACUACUUUUAGAGAGUAGCGACUGCUCAGUGACUGCAGAAUUUCACAAUUCGAGACGGGGAGCUACAGGCGGGACUGCUGCUACUAAAAGCCAGUUGCUAAGUAGUAGCUAAGCGCUUCUGUUUUUUUUUUUCAUUCAUUAAACAUAAAUGUAUUUUUCCCAGCUCACCUGAGAGCCCCUUGGACAUUUAGUUGGUAAAUCUUAUUUAAUCACUUAGUGAGAGACUGACAGGACAAACAACAUUCUAUGCGCCAAAAGCACAUUUCUUCCAAACAAAAUAAAAUGCAAGGCAUUCUUUGUUGUCUAAUUGGAUUAAAGUAUUAAAGUGGAAUAAAAUGAAUGUUGGCUUCAGAAAGCUAUCUACUGUCUUAACCCACUCAAAUUAAAGCUGCCAUAGUUUAUUAGUAUUAAAAAUAAAACACUGUGGAGAAAGUUUAUCAAAGUAAAAAUGGGUUUCUUUCCUAGGCCAGUUUAGUGAACAGCCAAUCAACAGCUUCACUAGCGGCACUCUGUGCUUCCUGAAUUCACAUGCUGGAUGCCGUCUGGGGGGGGAGUGGACAUCGCUGCUUGAGGCAACUUUGGGGUUAAACCAUUUCGAGAACAAUUUAACUUCUUGAAGUAAGAGUGCCUCUAAGGGGCCUCCUGGCACCAUAAUUAGACAGAGCAAAUGUAAGCCAGGAAAUGCACUGAGAUGAUGGCUUUAUAUGUAUAUACUGCACAAUUAGACACACUGAGGCUAUAGUGCAUUUUAUCUUUUUUAGUUUGAAUAAUAACACAAAAAUACACCGUAUUCCUGUAAUAUUGUAAAUAAGCAUCAGAUUGUGUGAGAAUUAUGUAUCUAAUGUGUCACUGAACCCCUAUGCAAAUAUGAUGAAAUACCAAAUGUACAUAAGCAAUGCAGUAUUUCAUGCUUAUUAUGACAUAUGAGAGCAUAUUUAUACUUAUCAAUUAACCAUAUUAGAGUGUUGUACAUAAAAAAUAAAAGCAAAACCACAAUAGUAGGCCAGAUCAAUAAAAUAAUUAUAACAAUGUAUUAUGUUGCAUAAAACUUUAAAAUAAACUAUAACUCAAGAAUAGUAACUCAAGAUAAUUUGGAUGUCUGCUUCUGAGGAUAAAAAAUAAAAACUCUGCAGCUGCCAUAUAACUUCUUGUGGUGCAAGCUAGCCAAGAUCGGCUCUUGGCUAAUAUUUCCACUAGAUAAUCAAAUUCCUCCAAAUAUACGACUCAGGACUUACCUCCCUAUGACCUCCGAUAUGACAGAAACACCUCUCAGUAAACCCAGGACAGUACAGUGAAAACGCCAUUCAAUUCACAGGCAACAGCUCUGGACAUUCCUGCAGUCAGCAUGCCAAUUGCAAGCUCCCUCAAAAUUUGUGGCAUUGUGCUGUGUGAUAAAACUGCACAUAUUAGAGUGGCCUUUUAUUGUGGCCAGCCUAAGGCACACCUGUGCAAUACUCAUGCUGUCUAAUCAGCAUCUUGAUAUGCUACACCUGUGAGGUGGUUGGAUUAUCUCGGCAAAGGAGAAGUGCUCACUAACACAGAUUUAGACUUGGAUUUAGAUUUGUGAACAAUAUUUGAGAGAAAUAGGGCUUUUGUGUACAUAGAAAACGUCUUAGAUUUUUAGUUCAGCUCAUGAAAAAUGGGGGCCAAAAAAAAAAGUGUUGAGUUUAUAAUUUUGUUCAGUGUGUGUGUGUGUGUGUGUGUGUGUGUAUAUAUAUCUAUAUCUAUAUCUAUAUAUAUAUAUAUAUAUAUAUAUAUAUAUAUAUAUCCAAAAGUACAAGAUAGCACUCCAGGGACUUCCAAGUAGAAUGAAUAAAACGUAGCUUUUAUUAGCUCAAAAUAAAAAUCAACGUUCAGACAGGAAGGUGGCGUGCAUUACUAUUUUUAUUUUUGUUUUUUAUAUAUAUAUAUAUAUAUAUAUAUAUAUACACACACACACACAGUAUCUCAGAAAAGUGAGUACACCCCUCACAUUUUUGUAAAUAUUUUAUUAUAUUUUUUCAUGUGACAACACUGAAGAAAUGACACUGCUACAAUGUAAAGUAGUAAGUGUGCAGCCUGUAUAACAGUGUAAAUUUGCUGUCCACUCAAAAUAACUCAACACACAGCCCUUUAAUGUCUAAACCGUCUGCGAGGACAGCAAAUUUACAAUGUAAUACAGGCUGCACACUUACUACUUUACAUUGUAGCAGAGUGUCAUUUCUUCAGUGUUGUCACAUGAAAAGAUAUAAUAAAAUAUUUACAAAAAUGUGAGGGGUGUACUUCUGAGAUACUGUAAUAUAUAAAUAUUAUAGUAUACAUUUUGGCAACAACUUUAUACGAUAAGAAUAAUAUACAAAAAUUUGUAUUUACAUCGACUCACAUAUACACAACUGUCCAUGGCUAUAAUGUUAUAUGUUUGUAGACGGACAUAUACCGCACAUUCAGUCAGUCCAUAGGAAAGCAUUCUCAAUGAUUUCCUAUGGACGCUGGCGUCUUCUCACUGUGAAAAUCACAGUGAGAAGCGCUGAAGCGCCUCUAGUGGCUGUCAAUGAGACAGCCACUAGAGGCUGGAUUAACCCAUAUGUAAACAUAGCAGUUUCUCUGAAACUGCUAUGUUUACAGCAGGCAGGACUAACCCUAGAGGGACCUGGCACCCAGACCACUUCAUUAAGCUGAAUUUUUAGUGGUCCUUUAAAGGAACAAUAGAGGGUCAGGAACACAAAUGUAUUCCUAGCCUUAUUUUGGUAAAAACAUAUGUAGGUUCCCUGGCCCCCUCUUGCCCCCCUUAAGGCGUACUAUGCCGCCCUGCACACUAUGGGCUUAAACACUGUUAGGGUGGCAUGGUUCACUCUAAUUCUCGUUGUUCCCCUGCUGCCAGUCCGGCCCUCACUGUCUGCAGCUCUGCCUGACAUCUCAGGCAGUCCCCCUAAAGUGGCACAACUUUUCAUAUGCCGAGUAAAAAAAACAAAAGAAAAUAAAAGUUGAUCUUAUGUUAAAGGUUGUAAUGUAUGGACAUCUUUGCAUGUUUAGUGUUAAAAAUAAAAGCAAUAUUAUGCAAAACAAACAUUCUUAUACCACCAUAUGGCACAGCUUUUCAUAUACAAAAACAUUAAAAAAAAAAUUCUAAAUGAUUUUGUCUAUAACGGAAACUCCUUUAUAUGCUCGUACACCGCAACCGGUUUUAUGCUGCUAAGAUUUUAAUUUAAAACACUAUGGCAAAACUUUAAAAAAAAGCACAUGUAUGCUUUGCAAAAACAUAAUUCUUAGUGACUCUCUCUCCCCUUCACCACACAGCACAUUUGGGCAGAGUAGACACCGGUCAUCCGUGUAAGCAUGUGCAUUAGCGCACAGCCGGCUUGCUCCUGGCAUACCCCCUGCUUAGUUUCUUCUUACCAUUUGAAUAAUACAUUUAUUUCACAACGUUAUUCUUAAUAGUCCUUCUAUAAUUACUAGAAUUGUUGUUUCUGACAGCUGGAGUUUGAGGAGGUUAUAAACAAUUCCGUGAUGAUUGUGGCUGCAACAAACAGGCCAGACGUUUUGGACGAUGCUUUGAUGCGCCCUGGCAGAUUGGACAAAUUACUGUACGUUCCACCACCAGAUAAAAAGGUAUGAGUUACUUCAAAUAAGCUCCAGAGCCUGGUAUUUCUAGGCAAAGAGUCUAUAUUUUAUCAUUUUCUUUGUUCGUAGUUUCCUCUUCUCGUAUGACUAUGUUCACAUUGUGUUCUCGAAGCAUGCUUGGUUUAAACACCCCACUGGAAUUCAUUCACUUUGCUAUUCAAUGAAUGUUGUACUGUAGUAUACUACUAAGGUCACCAAAAAUCCUAUCUAUAUACAGGUUUUUUCAUAAACUUAAAAAAUAUGAAUUAUGGUAUCUUGGUCUUUAAGGCACAUGUGAGCAUAAACACAGAUAAUGCUUCUGGGUAAGUUCAAAACAUGCUCCACUUGAAAAUAUCUUGUAUAAUAACUGGUGGAAAUUUAGCAUUUGUGUAUUUAUAAAUUUGUAAACCCAUCUAUUAGGGAUGAUAUGCUUUUUGCUGUAAUCUUCAUCGCCUAUUCAUAAUCUAGAAAGAUUACCUCUGGGAGGCAGGUUAUGUUUUCUGUAAACAAUCAGGAUAUUAACUUCUAUGAGCUUAAAUGAAAGUGAAUAAGAUAUGGGAUAUAAUACAUUAAAGGAUACUCCGUCUACUCUAAACCAUUAUUUCAUCUUGCAUCCUUACCCAACAUUCUACUUUGUUACUCUAGAGAUUGGUGUGUAUCAAAAUGAUCCUAGUCUGCCUUCUUUAUCUCUUUUGGAUAUUUGAUAUAUUUCUUCUCAGCCACAUAUAUUAAAAGGAAAAGGACACUGUAGGCACACCUGAUCUCAUUGAAUUGGUUAUAGUUCCUGGAGUCACUGGCACUGUCUCACUAUUGAGCAUGAAACCAGUUUCAAUAGUACAUAAGAGUUCCUUGACACCAGGGCUGCAGUAAGGAGAGAGAGAGAGAGAGAGAGAGAGAGAGAGAGAGAGAGAGAGAGAGAGAGAGAGAGAGAGAGAGAGAAUGAAUAUAUAUAUACACACACACACACUGCCCUCAGUUAAACUUUUCCUUGUCAGCUGAGUUUCACUCUGACCCAAUGUGCCAAGCUCUACAGUCCUUAUGGACUUUCAGCUUGUUUGUGAUCUGGGAAGCAGAUUAUUUAUUUAUUCUUAACUAUACUUCACAGGCACGUUUAUCAAUCCUGAAAAUCUGCACAGCUAAGAUCCCAUUAGAUCCUGAUGUGUGCCUAGAAUUCCUGGCAGCGGAGACUCCUUUAUUCUCUGGAGCAGACCUUUGCAAUCUCUGUAAAGAGGUGAGACUUUGUUAAAAUCAUGAAUGCAUUGAAUUACCUUGAUGGUUGCAUUAAAAAGGACAUUGCAUAUUCAACACAGAGGACUAGUUUGUUACAGUGCUUUUUAACAAUGAUGCAGAGCUAUUUGACCUAAUUGGAGGGUGGCUUAUUAAAUUUGGACAAUGGUAAAGUUAACAUGUUUUCUCAAGUUCGCCCCAUCAACUGCUUUCAUCAGCAAGGGGUUAAGUAAAAUACCCUCAUUUUGCAAUUGUAUAGAGCUACAACUACUACAUUAGUAGAAUGUUUCAUGCUGGCAUAAGGUGUUAAGAGGAAAUAUUAUGCUGAUGGAAAAGUGUUUGAUUGAUGCAAGUAGGUAGGAGUUGCAUUGUUUAAAUAGUUUUAUACUUUGCCUUUUCAGGCUGCCCUGUUGUCAUUACAUAUGAAUGGAUUACAGGCAACGUCAGUGAAAUUGGAGCAUUUCCAAAAAUCUCUACAAUGUGUGAAACCAUCGCUCACUGCCAAUGACCUAAAAGUCUAUGAAAAGCUAUCUGGAUAUACUGUAAAAGGGUGA